AUGUCAGAAAAAGCAUGUCAAUUAAAGUCGUAUUUGAAUAAAUUCAAUGUAAAAAAUUUUGAUUAUUCUCAGUUUCACAAUACUAAAAUCAUCGGAAAGGGAGCAUUUGCAACUGUAUACUCGACUGUUUUCCAAGAAAAAGAGUAUGCAUUAAAAAGCUUGGACAACAACCUAG